AUGGCCUUGAGCAAAGUGAUACGGAUGUGCGGGUUGCGCCAGUUGCGGCCAUUGCCGUCUGCGCGGCCACAGGCGCUGCUGGCGUCGAUGGCGCCGACCCAGGAUCCUCGGCGGUUCAACACGAGCCAGCCCGACUGGCAGGAGAAACUCGCCACUCGGAGUGUCCAGCGGAACGACUGGAACCGGGCCGUCAGCGAGGCGGAGAAGAUCGUCGGUUACCCGACGUCGUUCCUCAGCCUGCGGUGGCUGCUGAGCGACGAGAUCGCGAACGUGGCCCUUCAUCUACGGAAGCUGGUCGGCAGCAACCAUCCGCUGCUGAAAACUGCCAAGUCGCUGAUCAACAACGACAAGAAUCAGCAGGCCUGGGGACUGAUAGUGCUGCUGGUGUCGAAAGCGGCCGGCCACACCGGGAACAUCCCGAACAUGGAGCAGGACAAGAGUGCCGGGGUGCUGCACUCGCAGCGGGCGCUCGCCGAAGUGACGGAAAUGAUGCGCACCUCGCACCUGGUGCACCAAGGAAUGCUGAACCUGCAGUCGUUCAACAACGCCGGCAACGACCUGAGCGGCGACAGUGACAUGAUCUUCGGCAACAAGAUCGCCCUGCUCGGUGGUGACUAUCUACUGGCCAAUGCCUGUCAGCAGGUGGCCACCCUACGCAAUCAAGAUCUGAACAUGCUGAUUUCGUCCGCGUUCCGCGAUCUGGCCGAAUCGAACUUUAUCGGCGAGCGAGACGAGCAGAACAAUCCCCUGCCGACGAAGCCGGGCACGGGCGCGAAGGAGCUGGCGACGGACGUAACCAGCCUGGACGAUAUGGGCUUCGGCGAUCUGGAGGACAACACGCAGCCGAUGAAGGUGGACGGAGCCGUCGGUAACCCGGAGAAGGAAUGGUCACUCCGGAACGUGCUCGGCGGUGGCAGUCUGCUUGGCAAAAGCUGCCAAGGGGCACUGAUGCUCGGGGGCCAUCCGGAAGCGCUGCAGAAGCAGGGCUACCUGUUCGGCAAGCAUUUGUCGCUGGCCUGGCAGGCGUGCAUCGAUCUGCAACCGUUUCUGCUCCCGAAGCUACCGCUCGGAGCACAGUUCAGUCUGGUGUCGGCACCGGUUCUGUUCCACCUGGAGCAUGACAGCGCACUGUACGAGGAGAUCGAGAAGGGGCGCCGCUCGGUGGACAGCAUUGACUACAACAUGGUGUACCAGGAAGUGGUGCAAGGACCGGGGCUCGAGAAGACGAAGAUCCUUCAGCGCAAGCACAGCAUAGCGGCGAUGAAGGUGCUGAACGAGCUGCCCGCUUCGGAUGCCCGAACGGCCCUGCAGAACAUCAUUGUGGCGAUGCAGGAGCUGUAA